UGGUCAUUGUUUUACUUUGCUUGCUAUUUCCUGAGGCAUCCAGUUUCAUGUUAUGUCAUGGAAGAUUGCCUCUCUAUUCAGCAUCCUCCGUUUGGGACAUCCAUUGAGCGUGUGCCUCCACCCGUUCCCAUGAUCUCGAUCCGCCAAGACGAUAACUUGGCUGUCCUCCAUCACAUCCAAAGUACCCAUCAGAUACAACUUCCACAUCGGGAGAAAUCUCUUAUCAAAUGCACGAAUCGCCAACCUGUGACCUCCGCAGAUACGUCCUCCGGGCGGAUAUUGAUACGGCCAGAGGCUGGCUCCCUCGUGCUCCAUCCGCACAUCCCGAUAAGGCCCGGCACCGUCUCACCCACUCAGACGCCCGGACAGCUCCCGUUCGGGGAGGGCCUCAAGCGCGACUGGGCCUCAAGUGGAUGGAUGCGACUGUGACUGUGACUUGUCGCCUGGCAGAGACUUUGGAGCCAGGCUCCAUUCCAUUCAUGCACCCCCGUGGCAAGAAUCUCGUCCAUUCGCCCGUCGUGAACAUCACACGCGCCGGCGUUCAUGCUCUCAUUCACACCACUGACCUGACUCAGCCAGGGAUGGACGGGUAUGCAGAUAUAGCCAACCAACGAGCCACACCCGGCCGCCCCAAACGUGUGCCGUGCCGUGCCUCGACAUCCAUCAUAAUCAAUCAUGAUAUUCAAUUCGUCAUACUUUUGUGAAUCUCGAUGGUCGUUUCCUUUCCAUCCUUUCCGAUCCCACCUGAUCCUCCCAGGCACCAUCAGUCGUCCUCGACACAC